CUGAGGGACAUGGUUUAGGGAGUGUUAGGAAUGGUUGGACUCCAUGAUCCAAUGGGUCCUUUCCAACCUGGUGAUUCUAUGAUUACAAUCUUGACAAACUCUUGCCAGCACCUGCAAGAGGGUCUAGAAUCAUGUUUCAAACUUUCAUUUAGCUGUUAGCUCCUCUGCCAUGGCAGUGCUUUGUGUAUCCUUCCUCCUGCGAGUUGCUGACACUGUGUGAUGUCCCUGCAGGUCCUCACAGUGUUUGCUGCAGGCCCUGAGCCUCACCUGGGGCUAGUCAGCGCACUGGCUGAUGGCAAGUUGAACACAAGCCAGCAGCACCCCCUGGUAGCCAAGAGGGCUAAGCAUGUCCUAGGGGGCAUCCAGCACGGCAUCACCAACUGGGCAAGGGAGGGGAUUGUCCCACUCUGCUCCACACUGGUGCAGCCCCACGCCAAGUUCUGCGUGCAAUUUUGGGUGCAACAGGAUAAAAAGGAUCUAAAGCUGCUGGAGAACCUUAUAGAGGAGGGCACGGAGUUGGUGAAGGGUAUGGAGGGAAAGCCAAAGCCAUAGGGGGAGCAGCUGAAGACACUUGGUCUGUUCAGCCUGGAGAAAAGGAGGCUGAGGGGAGACCUCAUCACGGUCUGCAGCUUCCUCACAAGGGGAGGAGGAGAAGCAGGUGCUGAUCUCUUCUCUCUGGACCCGAGGGAAUGGCAGAAAGAUGCGCUGGGGGAGGAUUAGGUUGGACAUUAGGGAAAGGUUCUUCACCCCGAGGGUGGUGGAGCACUGGAACAGGUCCCCAGAGAAGCAGGCACAGCACCAAGGCUGUCAGUAUUCCAGACACGCUUGGCCAACACUCUCAGCCCCACGGUGUGAACGUUGGGGCUGUCCUGUGCAGGGACAGGAGCAAGACUCGAUGGGCCUUGGGGGUCCCUUCCAUCUCAGGACAUUCUAUGAUUCUACAGUUCUCUUGCUUUUAGCCACCCCUUGCUUCACACUAGUGCUGGAGUUCCUGAGCUAUAAAAAGUCUUCCCUUUGCCAUUUGGAGUUAUGUUCUGCAGCCUCAGCACAUCCGGGCGCUGCAGGGCUGCACAGCCUGGGGAGCCACUGCUGUGCAGCAGCCUGGGGAAGAGGACAGGGGCAAGGAGGAGACUGACAACUGCAACCUCAGUGCUUGACAGAACCCUCGGAGCAGAGCAGGGUUGUGACAGCAGAAUUCAAACACUGGGAAGGAGCUCUGAGAGCACCGCUGGGUGCCAGCAGCUGCCCCGGUGCUUUUGGAGGAGCAUAGCCUCCUAGGGAAGGAGGCUCAGGAAUCAUAGAAUUUUUUGUUGUAAAAGAGCUUUGAGAUCAUUGAGUCCAACCACUCCUAUCCAAUACUAAACCAUAUCCCUAAGCACCUCAUCCCCAAUGGCUUUUAAACCCCUCCAUGGAUGGGGUGCCCUGGACAGCUUCUUCCAGUGCCUGAGAACCCUUUCCACGACAGAAUUUUUCCCAAUAUCUAAUCCAAUCUUUCCUCGGUGCAGCCUGAGGCCCUUUCCUCUCAUCCUAUCCCUUGUUUCUUAGGAGAAGAGCCCAAUAUCCGCCUGGCUUCAACCAGCUCCAGCAGCUGCAGAGAGAGAUGAGGUCUCCCCUCAGCUUCCUCCAGGAUAAAUCCUCCCUCAGCUGCCCAGAACUCCUGUUCUCUAGGCCCUUCCCCAGGCCCGUUCCCUUCUCUGGACGCGCUCCAGCCCCUCAAGGGCUGCCUUGGAGCGAGGAGCCCCCAAAGUGAGCCUGGGACUGGCGGAUACGCUGAGGCGAGACGGAGGAGCGGCGCCGGGGGGCGCUGCCGCCCCCACCCCAGCCCCCCGCCGUGGACUACAAGUCCCAGUAGGCAACGCGGAGGCUGCCCUACCACGUGACGGGAAAUGGGCGGGGCGUUGACCGGAAGAGCGCGGGUUGGAGGAGAGUGGUGGUUACCGGAGAUCAGGCACAGCCAUGGUGUCCGGCAAGCGGCUGGCUGACUUCGGCUACAAGGCCUUCUCCGGCUCCAUGAUGCUGCUGACGCUCUAUGGCGGGUACCUGUGUAGUGUUCGCGCUUAUCGCCUCCUCCAGCACCGCCGGGAGCGGCAGGCGGCUGGCCCCGAUACCUGAGGGCAGCCCAGGACACGAGGAGGGAGGUGGGAAACAGCCCCCGGCCUCUGUAGGCUGCAAGGGGAGAUGGGGCACAAUAAAAACUGUGUGAGAACGUCGGAGUGAGUCUGGGUUGGGCAGCACAAGGCUGUGAUUGGCUUCCAAAGGGGCUGUGCAGAGACAGCCCUCAGCCUUGUGUCUGUCUGGCUCCUCUAAGCCACAGAGAAGGGGGCACAUGGUAUCAUGGAGUCCCUGAGGUUGCAAAAGACGAUUAAAGAUCAUCAAGUCCAACCCUUCACCCAGCACUGCCAGCUCCACUACUGAACCCUGUUCCUAAGCACAGCCCCAAAACUUUGGAAUUUUCCAAUAUCCAAUCUAAACCUCCCUUGGUGCAACUUGAGGCCCUUUCCUCUCAUCCUAUCACUUGUUACUUGAGAGAAAAGCCCACCUCCCGCCUGACUCCAACCUUUCCAGGAGAUGCAGAGUGCAAUGAGGUCUCCCCUCAGCCUCCUCCAGACCAAACCUCCGGGUCCUUCAGCCGCUCCCACAAUGCCUGUUCUCCAGCCCCUUCCCCAGC